AAAAAAGAAUCCAAUAUAAUACUCGAGGGAAAGUGGACUUUGCCUCUUCAUAAACAAAACAAGAAAAUUUAGACAAGUUUUGUGAUGAUUGGUGUAUAAAUUGCACUAUACCAGCUUGCACUAAAGCUCACUCUUCCUUUGAAAUCAGUUUUGACACUUUUUCCUGCACAUAUUAAUCAGUAACAUGACGAGAGUAGAGUUAAUUUUUGUGCCAGCACCUGAAGUUGGUCAUCUGGUAGCUGCAGUAGAGCUUGCAAAGCUGCUCGUUCGUCGUGAUGAACGAAUCUCCUUCAGCAUUCUGAUACAAAAGAUGCCUUAUGACACUGGCACUGCUGCAUUCGUCGAGAAGCUCAAGAAAGAUGAUCCUGACCGCAUGGCCUUUGUAGACAUUCCUGCUCCGAGUGAGGCCACUAUGACAGAGCUUAGGUCCCUGUCACGGACAGCUUUCCAUGAAGCCUUUGUCUCGCAUCAGAGGACCGUGGUGAGAGAUUUGGUUACAGAGAUAUUGAAGCGGUCAGAGAGUUCUAAGCUAGGUGGAUUUGUUCUUGACAUGUUUGUCACUCCCAUGAUAGAAGUGGCUAAUGACUUCAAUGUUCCGGCUUAUGUGUUCUUCACUUCUAGUGCUGCUUUUCUUAAUGUUAUGUUUUAUGCUCAGGAUCUGAAGGACAACAAAAACCUGGAGAUUUCGGACUACAAGGACUCAGAUAUUGAGCUCUCUGUUCCGGGGUUUUCAAAUCUGGUUCCUGCCAAGGGCUUGCCUUCGGUGAUUCUAGACAAGGGUGGAUCUGACAUGAUGACAAGUAUAGCCAGGAGGUUACGGAAGACUAAAGCUAUUUUUGUUAAUACAGUUCUGGAACUGGAAGCUCAUGCUAUUAAGUCCCUUAUAGAUGAUAGUAACACACCUCUUAUAUACCAUGUUGGACCUUUGAUCAAUUCCGAAAAAGGUGAGCCAACAUCCCAGAAGAAAAAAUCCAAUGAGGAUAUUAUUAAUUGGUUGGACAGGCAACCAUGUUCAUCUGUGGUAUUUUUGUGCUUUGGGAGUAAGGGAAGCUUUGAUAUUGAGCAAGUAAAGGAGAUAGCAUGCGCCUUGGAGCUCAGUGGACAACGUUUCUUGUGGUCUCUACGACGCCCAUCUGAAAAUACAGAGAAAAGGGAGAUGCCAAAAGAUUAUGAGGACUACAAUGGGGUGUUGCCAGAAGGAUUCUUGGAGAGGACAUCAGGGAUAGGAAAAGUUAUUGGAUGGGCUCCACAGGUGGCAAUCCUUUCCCAUCCAGCAGUAGGAGGAUUUGUGUCGCAUUGUGGAUGGAACUCGACGCUAGAGAGUAUAUGGUGCGGUGUGCCAAUAGCCACUUGGCCUAUUUACGCUGAGCAGCAGACUAAUGCAUUUCAGCUGGUGAAGGAGCUGGGCUUGGCAGUGGAAAUCAAGUUGGAUUAUCGGAAAGAUGUUAUUGGAGAUGUGUCACCAGUUGUGACAGCAGAAGAGAUAGAAGUUGGCAUAAGGCGUCUGAUGAAUGGAGAAGGCGAAAUGAGAAACAAGGUGAAAACAAUGAAAGAUGUAUGCAGAAAGGCCUUGGAUGAGGGUGGCUCAUCCUACAGCUCAGUCGGGCAGUUCAUCCAGGAAGUCAUUGAUAACAUCAACUAAUAAAUUACAAAGGGCCUACAAAAGUAUUUGUUGUUAAUACAUGACCUCAUAGUUGAGGUGAUUAGUAGUUUAAUACUUCAAUUUGGUUGUGCUUUCGUAUGUGUUCAAUCCCCGAGUCAUGUUAUUGCCUUUUUUUUAUAUUUCAGCUCAUCUAAUCUUGUUUUUAGAA